AUGGCUACUGACGCAUAUUGCUUAGAAGAAGUUUUGGCCAUCGCUAAUGCUCAUCCGUUUUACAAUUCAACCAUCUCUUAUCCCCCCAAUGCAGAAACCAUCGAAGCGCUGCGUGGCUCAAAGGUUGGCCAGACCGAUCAACCUGGGCUGAAAUCGCGAAACCUUCUUAGCAAGAAAGAACUCUACGAAGUCAUCCAGCGUUUAGUCAACGAUACCAAUGUCAAAAAUACAUAUCGUCGUGGUGUUUAUACUAGUGUAACCGGAGGAGGUAGUGGUGGGCAGCCGCUCUUCUUUGCAACUGAUGUUCACGAAAAUCGCAGACAACGAGCUUCUUUUGGCCGAUUUCUCAGGACGACAGGCUUAAUAGAGGACGAUGACUGGGUGCUUACUACCCAUUGUGCCGGCCAACUGUACAGAUCAUUAGACCUUAUGCUUGAAAUAUUUGAAAACGCCGGAGCAACAGUUUUGGCCGCUGGAAACUACAUGAGCCCAGCCGAAGUUGUCCGGCUCCUGAUUAGCUACCAUGUGAAUGUACUCACUGGCGACGGGAGCCAGAUUAUCCAAGUCGUGCAUCACAUAUCAACCCUGUCUCCCGAGGAGAGGCAACGCGUAAACCUGACCAAAGUCAUUUACUCGUCCGAAGUGCUCACGGCCGCGCAACGACUACAUAUUAAAGAGACGCUAGGGAGCAAUGCUAGGAUCUAUUCCCUCUUAGGAAGCGCGGAAGCUGGUCCCUGGGGCGUCAGCAGCACGGAACUAUGCGGGAGAGAGAUAAAGACUGCCACGGCAGACUUUGUGUAUGAUACAAGACACAUGCUCAUCGAAAUCUUGCCCGAGGCCUGUGUUGAGAGCGGCUCAACCACGGAAUGUCUCCAAGAUGGCGAAAAGGGCAUUAUAGUGCAAACCUCAUUGUGUCGUUUGCGCAAUCCGCUGGUACGGUACAUCACUGGUGAUAUUGGAUCUCUUCAUUCGCUACCUGAAAGUGCUCGCUCCGUUGUCCCUGAAGCGGACUGGGCAUACCUCAAAAUUGUCCGCCUCGAGGGCCGUGAUCGUCGGUUCGGCUUCGACUGGGAUGGAUUUUGUAUCGAGUUUGAAAAUGUGGCCGCCAUGAUGAGCAAAGAAGACUUUGGCGUGCUUCAGUGGCAGGUCAUUCUGUAUAGAAUGGAGCCAUCUCAGGAGGCGGGACUUGAGAUCCGUGUUCUUUGUUCAUCCAAGUCUGCUGAGGGGAAAUGCACGACCGAAUUGCGACAUUUCUUUCAUGUAUAUUCGGCGAAUGAGCACCGUUUCCGGAUAGUGUAUGUAGAUGGUUUGGAUGGAUUUGAGAGAAGCGCCACCGGGAGAAAAGUAAUCAAGCUUGUAGAUAGAUUUACAUAG